AUGCGUUGGUUGUAUCUUCGCUAAGCUAAGAUUUUUUGAAAAUUAAAAUUUGUGUACAUUCUAUAUCAAAUUAUUAAUGAUAAAGUAUUGACUGUUGAGGUAAUAAUAUUUUAAGUACUAUUUUUGGCUAGGUACAGAUGCUUGUGAUGAGAUUUUCUUUGUUUUAAAUCUUGUUGUUCCGCAAAGCAUACCUUUUCUGAAAAUAAGUAUUGAUUGUUUUUCUUGGAAGUGCGGUGACUUGUUAGAAAAUAAUAGGGAAUGAUUACAAUAUAAUCCGUUUGUGUAAAUAGACAUUUAUACUUUAAUCAGAUACUGCAUAAACUGCGGAAUGAAUCUUGAUAAUAAUUCGUCCAGAGAAAACUCCGAAGCUUUAGAUUCUAUAAGCACGGUAAGCCCGAGAGAAAAGUACCACGGAAUGAGAGAGAAAAAGUUGUCGGCCGCGUCUCUAACGAACACUGAGGGCGCGCGGCCUAAAGUAGUGACUGUUAAACAUCCAGAGUCCAACAAGCCAAAGCCAACAGCUCGAAAAAAUAAACCAAUACAAGCCGACCUAGACGUCAUUAAAGAAUUUAUUCGAUGUCGGGAUGAGGGUGUAAAGAGAUUGGACCUAAGCAAAUCCUCUAUUACAUCCUUGCCACCUAAUGUACGGGAUUUAACACACCUAGUAGAGUUUUAUCUAUAUGGAAACAAGUUAGUUGCUCUACCUGCUGAAUUUGGCUGCCUGACUAACUUGCAAACGUUAGCAUUAAAUGAGAAUUCACUAACAAGCUUACCUGACUCUCUAGCCAACUUAAGAUGUUUAAAAGUGUUGGAUUUGCGACAUAACAAAUUGAGUGAUAUACCUGAGGUUGUGUAUAAGUUGACUUCUCUGACCACUUUGUUCUUACGGUUUAACAGAAUUAGAGUUGUUGGUGAUGGCAUAGCCAAUCUUACAAAUCUUACAAUGUUGAGUUUAAGAGAAAACAAAAUAAAAGAAUUAUCCUCUGGAAUUGGGAACCUUGUAAAUUUGGUUACUUUUGAUGUCUCUCAUAAUCAUUUGGAGCACCUACCACAGGAAAUAGGUAACUGUGUAAAUUUAUCUACAUUGGAUUUGCAACACAAUGAGCUACUCGAUAUACCAGAAACAAUUGGCAAUCUUCAUGCAUUGAAUCGCAUUGGUCUUCGAUAUAAUCGCCUGACUGGCAUACCUGCAACAUUGAGCAAUUGUAAGCAUAUGGAUGAGUUCAAUGUUGAGGGAAACUCGAUCUCACAACUGCCUGAUGGGCUUCUUUGUAGUUUGACAGAGCUUACUAGCUUGACAUUGUCUCGAAACUCAUUUAUGAGUUACCCCAGUGGUGGUCCUGCACAGUUCACAAGUGUCUCUGCCAUAAACCUUGAACACAACCAAAUUGAUAAAAUACCAUAUGGAAUAUUCUCAAGAGCUAGAAAUUUAACUAAAUUGAUUAUGAAAGAGAACCUGCUGACAUCAUUACCGCUAGAUAUUGGGCAAUGGACAAACAUGGUAGAACUCAAUUUGGGUACAAAUCAAUUGACUAAACUACCAGAUGAUAUUCAGAGUCUUGUAAAUUUGGAAGUGUUAAUAUUAUCAAACAAUCUUCUUAAGCGCAUCCCACCUAGCAUUGGUAAUUUGAAAAAGCUGAGAGUAUUAGAUCUAGAGGAAAAUAAAAUAGAAGUCUUACCCAAUGAAAUUGGUUUACUUCAGGGGUUGAAAAAGUUAAUAGUGCAAUCCAAUCAAUUGACAUCACUGCCACGCUCCAUUGGUCAUCUUAUUAAUUUAACAUAUUUAAGUGUUGGUGAAAACAACUUGCAAUAUUUACCUGAAGAAAUUGGUACCCUGGAAAAUCUGGAGUCCCUGUAUCUUAAUGAUAAUCUAAAUUUGUGCAAUUUGCCAUUUGAAUUAGCUUUGUGUGUUAGCUUACAAAUUAUGAGUAUUGAAAAUUGUCCUUUGACAUCUUUACCACCAGAAGUUGUGUCAUCAGGGCCUUCUCUGGUAAUCCAAUACCUUAAAUCACAGGGGCCAUAUAGAGCCAUGUGAUAUGAGGUUGAUGAUUAUUAUCAAUCAACUUUGCCAGGUUCUGAUAAUAAUUAAUAACACAUUGCAAGUAUGUCAAGUCCUAAAAGCAAGUGUUUUCAUAAAAUAAAGGAAAUUGAGUGUAAUAUUAAAUAAAUCUAUAUUGGGACUUAGCAUUUUGAGUACCAAAUGAAUAAAGCAUUUCAAAAUUAUACAUGAUUGCAUAUUAUGUACAGCUGUGGCAAACAAUUUUGUCUUUUAUUUUUUACAUAAAAUUAAACUGCAGUUUUUCUUUGUCUGGAGUACUUGGUGUUUGUAACAGUAUUUUACAAAUUUAAAGGGUAGCUACAAUGAUUGUGUCAACACUGUCUGAAUAAGUACGCAGUAAGAAUAAUUGUUAUUGUUAUAAUAAUAAUUGCUGUAUAUAAUGUAAAUGCGCAAUCAACUGUAGGUGAGUUUAUUAGUCCUAAAUCUUGUUUAAGAACUAUUCACAAGUGUAUAUAAAUUUAAGUAUGAACUAUGUAGAUGCCAAAAUUAUAAUGAAAUACAUAAUAUGCUAAAUAUUUUCAUAUAAUAUGUAUGUUAAGCUUGUUAUGUUACAUGAUUAAUCAAUAAGGCAGACUUAGCAGUAUUUGCAAAAUGUUUUACAACCAGCUUUAAACAAUGUCUUCUCUUUGUUACAAAUCUAUUUUGCCAGCCAAAAGAAGGAUAUUCUCCAUUUUCUAUUUGUUUACAGAGAACUUGCGUUUAUGUAUUUUGUAUUUUUGUCUCAAUUCAUAUGGAUCUCUAAUAUUGGUCAGUAUUUAUCUUGGUCAUAGUAUUAUUACCACUACUAAUUUUAUACAACAUAUGUGUGAUAUAUCAUAAAUCUGUUAAAGAAAAUCCAGUCAUUCAAGUAAAUGAUAUAUCAGAACCUAUCUACUUAAUGAUUUAUAUUAUGUAGGAUGUUAGGGCAUAGAUGUGCUAUUUAUCAAUGUUGUCCUAAAAUGUUGCAUUUAAAAAUUGCUCUUUGUAAUCUUUAAGUAUUUUUCAUGAUAUAAUAUAGUUAAGUUAAGUUGCCACAAUUAUUUAUGUAUUUGUUAAAAAAUCAUUUUGUUGCACUAUGAUUAAUGGUCAGGCUAAGGGGCCCAGACCAUGGUUACUUUAGUCAUACAGGUUCUAUUGUACUAGUUGUAGCAAUCAUGAUUAUUACUUUACAUAUAAUGCCAAUUGUUCUGUCUUUAAAUUAGGAGUGUAGAAUAUACAUAAACAACAUAGGUGUUGACUUGAAUGUCUUCUAAUAGUGUACUUUGUUGGUACCUUUUUUAUUGUAUAUUAUAUUGAAUUAAGCUUUCUUUAACUGUAUGUAGGAAUGCAAUAAGUUAAAUGCUAUUACUCCUGCACAGCUAGCAUGGGCAGGAGACAAUUAUAUUCCCAGGGAAUGGAUAUAAAUUUAUCUUCUCGCACAGCUUUAUAAACUGUCCGAGCACUGGCGCAU